AUGUUACAAUGUUUCGAGUGUGAACCAAAAAAUUACAACUUUCUUAUAACAUCCGAUAAUGUUCCUUCGGCGUUUAACUGUACAAGAAUUGUUACACCAAAUAAAUUUUGUUCAUUGGAUAUUUGGACAGUUGAUAAUGGAACAAAAAGUGAUCUUCGAGUAACUGCAUUUUAUAAUCUUGAGAAAAGAGAUGUUCCCUAUGUUUUGACUGGAUUUACUCUACAUAGUAGUGGGAAUUUUUCUACGUAUAUUUUAUAUCACUGUUUAACAGAUAACUGUAAUAAUCCUGGAGUUGUUCUCAAACGUUUACUUGAAUCAACAACAACUGAAAUUAAAGCACCUAGUCGAUCAUCUGUGGAUCAAUCAAAAUUACCAACUUCUAUCGAAUGUUUUAUCUAUUCAAAUUUUACAAAUUCAAGUGAAUGCAAACCAGCACGUCGAACAACAGACACAGAGGAAGGAGAUUGCUCAUUUUGUACAACAUUCAUUAAUAUUGAUCCAAACAAUUUACUAACAGAAAGAGUAUGUUCAUAUUAUGAAACCUCUUCACAAGUCAAUUGA